GUUUUCUUCUUGUACCGGGCAUAACUUUUUCUCAUCUCUUUGCCCAUUCUUGCACCUCUAUAUAAAUCAACAACUAGUUGUUGCUUGGAACAAACAAAUUAACACUGAAGAAUAGCUAGUACUAGCUCUUGACCCUUCUUCCCACCUUUUUCUGGUCCCUCCUAGAAAUGGCUUCCAAUUCCAUUCUUCUUCUUUGUAUCUUUCUUGUGGUUGCCACAAAGGUUUUUUCCUAUGAUGAAGAUCUCAAGACAGUGGUUCCUGCACCUGCUCCACCAGUGAAGGCACCAACUCCUGCCUCUCCAGUGAAAUCACCAUCUUACCCUCCAGGGUCAGUGACCACACCAACUGUUAAGGUGCCCCCUCCUCCUCAGUCCCCAGUAGUGAAGCCACCAACUCCAACACCAGCCCCUGUUAAGGUACCCCCUCCACAGUCCCCAGUAGUGAAGCCACCAACACCAACAUCCCCAGUGGUGUACCCUCCUCCUCCUGUUGCUCCAUCUCCACCAGCUCCUGUAGUGAAAUCAAAGAAGGAUUGCAUUCCACUAUGUGAUUAUAGGUGCUCAUUACACUCAAGGAAGAGAUUGUGCAUGAGAGCAUGCAUGACCUGUUGUGACCGCUGCAAAUGUGUUCCUCCUGGAACUUAUGGUAACAGGGAAAAGUGUGGCAAGUGCUACACUGACAUGUUGACACACGGCAACAAAUUCAAGUGCCCAUAGAAGCCUAAUAUCUAGCUAGUACCUUAUUACCUAUGUUUUUUUGUUUUGUUUAAGUAAUUAAGUUUGAAUCAUGAGUAUGUGGUUUGAGUUGCUAGUGUAUUUAAUAACCGAGUGAUCAUCAUAAAUUAUACUAGUUAUCGUGUUAAUCACAAUAGUCAACACUGUUUGUGUUGUCUAUAGGAUCCAUUUGUGGUCCAUGAAAAAGUUUAUAUUCAUAUGAUUAAUAUAAGGAAGUAUUUGCUGUACGAAAUUCAGGACUAUAAUUAAUAUGAAUAUGACCUUGCUAAA